AUGUCGCUUGGUCACAACGCCUGGCCCCCGGGCAAUACACGUCCUCCGGACGACCAUCAGGAGUCGCCUCGACCGGUCAAUGGCUUGGUCAAGACAUUGUCUGGUUCGCGCACUCCCCAGGUACGCGGCUCUGUCAGCGCCGACGGGCCGAACCCCAGUAGUAUGACAUCGGAGCCCGACCUCACCCUCGAAGAAGACCCGCGCAUUGCCCAAUUUCGUGAUCUCUAUCGGCGCAGUGAAGCUAAAAUAAACGCGCUUUUCUCUGGUCACUAUACUGCGGAUGACCCUGCGACCGCCGCGAUCGCGGAGACGGAACAGCCCGACGCCGGAACCGAACGCGUUGAUGCGCCGGCACCCCCUACAGCUCCACCAUCCAAGCCCGCGCGUAAACUGGAUGAUGAUUACGAUGACUAUGAUGAGGACGAUGAUGCAGAUAUGGAAGAUGUAACCGAAUCGCCUCUGAAGAGCAAGUCCGUGCCCCCACCGCAAGACCCUAGCGCCGCUACCCUACCCGUUCAACGACCCGGUACCGCAGCUUCCACCAGCAUCGAUGGAUCAAAAGAAACAAAGAAAGAAUCGGUGGAAGAUAUCCGAAAGCAGCUAGAAGAGGACAAGAAAGCGACAGAGGAAGCUGCUAAGCGGAGCUUCCAUACGUUAUUCUAUACCCUUGAGAACGAUCGUGACGCCAUGCUGGACCAACAACGAUUGGAAGAAUCUGAGCGACAAGUCGAGGCAGAAAUUUCAGGCCAAGCUGGCUCUGGUGGUAACAGCGCGGCUGGCGGACCGAACGGAUAUAGCUCUCUGAGCAAUACAAACCUGGGUGCUUCGAGUCUGACACUCAAGAAUUUGAUCGCCCGGAUCGACAAAAAGCGGGAUAUGGUCCAGGCCUCUGAUGCCGAAUUGCGAAGCCUCCUCAGUGAAGUGCGAAAGAAUCGCAGUAAAUGGGCAAGCGAGGAUAAGAUUGGCCAAGAAGAGCUUUACGAAGCUGCAGAGAAGGUCUUAAGUGAACUCAAAGCUAUGACAGAACACUCUACGGCCUUCCUGACUCGUGUCAACAAACGUGAUGCCCCGGAUUACUAUACCAUAAUAAAACACCCAAUGGACCUCGGAAGCAUGACCAAGAAGCUUAAGGGCAUACAGUAUCGAUCAAAGCAAGAUUUUGUCGAUGAUCUGAAUCUGAUUUGGGCCAACUGCCUGAAGUAUAACACGAAUCCUGAGCAUUUCUUGCGAAAACAUGCUCUCUACAUGCGAAAGGAAACUGAGAAGCUGGUUCCUCUUAUUCCAGAAAUCGUAAUUAGAGAUCGUGCUGAGGUCGAAGCGGAAGAGCGUCGUUUGCAAAGAGAAGAGCUUGACGGCGCAGAUGAAAGCGACGAUGAGCCUAUCAUGUCUUCAAGAGGUAGAAAGGCUCCCGGGAAAUCUUCCAAGAAGGGCACUGCGCCUGCUCGAAACACCCCUAGCGGCUCCGAAGGCCCUCGCGACACAGCUGUAUCUCAGCCUCCGGCACCGCUUGGAGGAGACUCUGAUACGGCUAUGGAGCCAACCCAGAAUGGCUUUUCUACUCCACCCCCGGGCUCCCAUACUCCAUCUGACCCUUUGGGGCUGGGGGCCGCCGCAAGCCAACAGGAUGAUGCCAUGGACAUUGACGUACCAUCCGCACCGACUAUUGCUUUGAGCGCCAUCUCAAUCCCUGGGGCUGAUGUGGAAGAUCCGGAGUUCAAGGUGUGGAAGCAGGUGACAAAGAAAGACCGAGCAAUCAUCGCUGCAGAGCGACACCGUCUUCUCAAGGGUAACAAGCUCAAUGCCGACGAACCUGCUCUCCUUCGAACUAAGGCUGGCAUGCGCCGGUGGCUGCGGCAUGAGAAACAAGCUGCUGCUGAAGCUGAUGAAAUCCAUGACUCUGGGACUCAGGCCAUGGAGCCUCAAGCUGGCAAGGAAUCACUCGCAGAAGGCAUUGAGGUCGAGGAAGACCAAAUGCUUCCCUAUUAUUACGACGUGAUGUCCGGUGUUCCUGACCUCUCAGAACGAUUGGUUUGGAAAGAAGACGCGGAAGGCAAUGUUGUCGACGCCUCGGAGGAGUAUCUCAGGAUUUUGCCAAAGGGUUCAUUUACUCAGCCCGAAAGCAAACUAACCCAGAGGUUCACUGCAAACAUGCGACAGUUACAAGAGACCCGCAAGAUUUGCUCGAAGAUAGGAAUUGUGAAGCAGAUGCAGCUGCAAUCCCAGAUGUAUCAAAAUCAAUUCCAAAAAUAUGACCCGGUUCCUUUUGGGGAACAGGACGUUCUACCUCACGUCAUGAACGAUAAUGGACCCGUUAUUGCCCCUGUAACUUGCCGAGCAGCUCUGCAAAGAGCCGUGGCCAAGAUAUUCUAUCAUACUGGAUUUGAAGAGUAUCAGCCAUCCGCCAUUGAGGUCGCAACAGAUGUUGCAUCGGAUUUCUUCCAAAAAAUUGGCGAGACUGUCAAAUCCUACAUGGAAGUCCCCAAGGUACCAGCAACUGGAUCCCAAGAAACUGCAACAUCAACCUCAGAGUGGAAACCGGCCUACACGGAGCCAGAAGUCGUUCUUCACACGCUUUCGGGCGUGGGACUUGAUAUCGAGGAAUUGGAAUCUUACAUCAAAGACGACGUUGAGAGACUCGGGACAAAACUCUCCACCGCCCAUGAUCGCCUCAAGUCCUUACUUACUGAAAUGCUUCGGCCUGCUCUUGCAGAUGCUGGUGAGGACGGCUCAAAUGCGUUCAAUGAUGGAAGCGAGCAAUUUGUUGGCGGAGAUUUCGCUGAAGACAUCGAUGAGGAUUUCUUCGGGUUCAAGGAGUUAGGUUUGGAUCGCGAAUUUGGUCUCGCAACACUUAGUGUUCCUCUGCAUCUGCUUCAGAACCGCAUGUAUAACGCGGCCCAGUCGCAGAACACCAGUACCACUCAAACCGUCACGAUUUUCCCAACGCCGCCUCCAUACUCACGCAUUUCAUUGGACAACUUGCCCGGGCAAAUCGGUCUACUUCAAGCUUUCUUCAAAGGCAAGUUGGAUGCAAACAGCGAUGAACCGAUCUUGAGCUUCCCCCCCAAGCAACGACCCAUGGCAGCUAAACCUCGCCUCCCCGCUUCUGGUAAGAUCCCACCACUGGCUGGUGUUUCUGCGCCGAACACGAGCCCGCAAAAGCGCCCCCCACCGUCCAAUACGGCCGGGGCGUCCAAAGCUGGGGGUUCGGAACCAAGCAAAAAGAAGUCGAAAAAGAACAGCGGCGUUGCGCUGGAGAUGCCUAGCUUCAAUGAUGUCGAUGGCGAUGGCGAUCAAGCACCUUCUAUAGAUGGAAUCAAGGAUUUCACAGGUACUGAUGUCAAUUCCAAACCUACCGACGGUUUCAACGUGGAUAGUGUUGGCGAGGCUCAGCAGCAAGACAACCCCAACAUGCCUAUGACUAACGGCACCACGGCAUAA